CAAGCAAGUCUCCCGCAGAUCCAGAGCUGCACCCCGCUUCCGGGCCUCCGAAAGCAGAAGGACACGGGAUCAGGGACGCCGCGUCCCCUGAAGCGGCUCCGAAGAGGACGCCGCUCUCCCUGCUAAGGUGGGACCCGUUGCGGCAGUGCGCUGGCGCGGAAACUGCUUCCGGGGUGAGGUACUGCGCUUGCGCGGCCCCACUUUUCCUCUUCAGCUGCAGCAAAGGGCUCAGGGCUGCAGACUUGCAUCCUCACCAAUGGACCUGGUUGGUUUUGGUUAUGCAGCCCUGGUGACAAUUGGAAGUAUUUUGGGAUAUAAGCGAAGAGGUGGAGUUCCAUCUUUGAUUGCUGGUCUUUCUGUUGGACUUUUGGCUGGCUAUGGAGCCUACCGUGUCUCCAAUGACAAACGGGAUGUCAAAGUGUCCUUGUUUACAGCUUUCUUCCUGGCCACCAUAACGGGUGUGAGAUUCAAGAGGUCCAAGAAAAUAAUGCCUGCUGGUCUAAUUGCAGGCUUAAGCCUCGUGAUGAUCCUGAGACUGGUCCUACUGUGGUUUUAGCACCUAGAGGAGCCAAGAGCCAAACUCCCAUCAUUCUCCUGGACCUGGCAGAGCAGGUUCUUGUGUUUGAAAAAUGGAUUUCAAUAGGUGGUAAAUGUCUUACUUGGAAAUGAAAAUGAUGUUGUCACCCUAAUAUUCAAAACUAGUUGGCCAUAUUUGUUUGCCUCCUUUAUUUAAAGCACAAAUUUUAGCUGUUUCUAUUUGUUAAUCCUGGUCUUUAGUGAGUUGUUGUGUAUUCAUUUGUGUGUCAUUUUGUAUGUGGAAUUUGGGGGCUUGCUGUUUUCUACUUCUGACAGUUCCAAACACUUAUGGAUCAAAUAAAUUAAACUGCAACCUGUCAGGUAAUGGGAUCCCUGGAGUGAACCACAGGCUGUUGAGUCGUAUGUCACUUUGGUACAUUAGGGAUUUUGUUUGUAUUGUUGCCAGGGGUUUUUUUGCACUGAAGGAAUUCCAUUCUUAGCUCAUCAGUGUCCUAACAGAAUGUAUUCAAUAUUCAAAUAAAAUACAUUUUCUUUUAA